AUGCAAGCUAAGAAGACCAUCAACUUGAACAGGCGGUUUAUAGGAGAUGCAGAGAGCAGUAUCCCCGUAGGCGACCCAAACUUGCCGACUUCCGAACUGCUCCGCAGGGGGUACACGAGAGCAGAAGUCCAACGAGGGCUUCAGGCGUCCCACUUUAUCACUGCUGCUUUGGUAAAAGAAGCCGACAAAGCAAUCGUCAGCAACUGUACGUCAGCGAAAGAGGUCCUUGCGGAAUUGGAAAAGGUCUACGAUCCGGAGUCACAGGGGUCAAAACAGGCCUUGAUGCGGAAGAUGUUCGACUUUGCAAUCCCCACACACAGCAACAGCAACCCCAUCGAGCACCUCUACUCUCUCGNAGGGUUUCAGGCGUUCCGCUUUAUCACUACUGCUGUGGCCUUGAUGCGGAAGAUGUUCGAGAUUGCAAUACCCACACACAGUAAUAGCAACCCCAUCGAGCAUCUCUACUCUCUCGAGCUGCUGUACGCCCGCCUGCGCGAAAAGGAGCUCAAUGCUGAACAACCCUUCGUUCUCGCCCACUUCGUUGGUUCCCUCCCACCCGAGUACCAACAAGCGAAGUUCCUGUUGGAGACAGCAACGGCGCUGGAUAGGGCCGAGAUCGUCAGGAUCGUGAGCACGGUGCACGCGAGCCUCCCGGAGGGAAGGAAGGCCUCGAAGGGCCAGCGUAGGGCGGAGCAUGCUCUCCUCGCGAGUGACGGUGGCGGCGGGGGAGGAGCGCCGGGCCGCGGCAACAGCGGCAGCCGCAAGGGUGGCGGCGGCGGCGGCGGCAACCAGAAGGGGAGAGGGGGUGGCGCGAAGGCUGGAGGCGGCAGCGGAGGCGGCGUGACGAAGAUGCGGGUAGCACGCGGUCGCUGUUUCCGAUGCGGCAACAAGGGCCACCAGGUGGCCAACUGCCCCGAGAGCAAGCCCGUGCGAUGUGAGACAUGCAAGGGCUACGGCCACGACAAGAGCAAGUGCCCGACCGAAGAGGCGGUGCUCGUGGUGGAAGUGCCGGCGGGGAGGGCGUCUGCGGACGCCACAGCACUGGACGUGGCAGAAGAAGCGCUGGUGGUCGGUGACAUCUCAGGCGAGUGUCACAAAGUCGUUGGUCGAGGGGGUGUAGAGGAGGCUAGGAGGGGUAGGUAUGUCGCCGAUACCGGCGCUACGACCCACAUGUUCGCGAACACAGAUGGGUUCGUUCAUUACGAAGAUUGUGAUCGACGUGUGCGCGUCGCCGCCGGGGAAACCUUCUCUAUCGUAGGGUAUGGUGACGUGACGGUCACCCUUAGCUCGCGCGACGGUACAACCGACCUGUUGUUGAAACGGGUUGCACACGUCCCCCGACUAGACUACAACCUAGUAUCUCUCACUUCCCUCUUCGACGACGGGUUCGAAACCAAAACCCUCAACAAACACGAGUUGGAGUUGGAGAGAGGGGGGGGGGAGGUGGUGUACUUCCCCCGAUGCGGUAACCUGUACGUCCAAAACGGUUUCCGCACACACACCGAACAUGCCUGUGCCGCAAUUGCUCCUGGCAACGCGAAAGCGCCCAGCANAAAAGCGUCCAGCACCCCCGUUGAUAUCAACGAUUUCCACUGCGCGUACGGCCACUCCCACGAGGUGCUGCUGAGGACCACGGCGAAGCAGCAAGGGACGACGCUGGUGGGCGAGCUCCGGGAGUGCCUGGGGUGCUCGACGGCGAAGGGGCUU